UCAGCCGAAGGGUUAACGUCGUGUUCUAAUACCUCGCUUAGGUCUGGCAGCACUGCCACACCAAUCAGCUGUUUACAUUCAGUUUGUUUACGGAAUUCUGUGUUUAUCGACGACAUGGCGCUAUUCGAGAUGAAAUGGCUGCGGCGCUGGGUGCGACGCAACACGAAUCCGAUACCGGAGCACCGGGCCGAGCUGUGGAAGCGGCGCCUGAGUAUCGGCUACGCUGUUUUGGCAUGGCAGGCAUUCGGCCUUGUCUGCUACAUGGUCUAUACCGGGCGCAAUGAUUGGGCCAAGUUCUAUGGCUACAAGUCGGAGGAGGAUCUGGCCGAUUCGCCGGCACAGCAGUUCGCCAAACAUCUCAAGGUGGAGGGCACCGGCAAGAUCAUUCGCUUCCAGGGCUUUACCAAGGUGGAGGAGAUCCCAUUCGACGCCAGCGAGGUGCAGCGCGUCAAAGAGUAACUUCUGACUGGACACUCUUAGUUUAUAAUCCUUUUUUUUGCCAAGAAAUCAUUUGUUCAUUGCCAUUAAAGCUUGUGCAUAAGAAGUCGGUGGACAAUAUUGUAUA